UUUGAGAAUUGGCCUGCAGAACUCGAACAACACAUGGUCGCGUCAUUUGCAUUGUUCUUUGCAGUUGCAACUCACCCCUGCUAAUCAUAUGUUGCCCUUGCACUGCAACUCCAAGAUCUUCAAGGCGGGUAACGCGAGAUUUUUGCCUAAAAUUUACGGUGCCCUGACCUGGUGGUGGUUGGCCUUUAUCUCUACUUGAGGUGACGCACACAUGCUCCGGGAAGCCCAAAAGCACGCUCGGUCCCCCACCACGGCCGGACCGAUCACUACCCCGCAUCGGCGGCCCGGCACAGUCCCGCGCGAUCUCCCGAACGGAUAGGCAUUUCAUCUUUAUAUUCAACCUCCGAUUCUUGGAGAAGCCACCUACCUUAUCAACUUACAAAUGCGGCAGUCGCCCGCAUGCUUGUUCCUACGGCAGCCACUCCGAGCCUCCAGCAUCACAACCGUGACCUAUCGAGUCAUCAACCCCAUCAAACACCAGGAACACUGCACCUCCACUAUCUUACCUAAACCGCCAUUCAAAAUGUCGACCACCCAACAACAACAACCUCAACAACCCCUCCCUUCCCUGCCCGAAAUAACCCGCCUCACCUCAUCCUGCAUCCGCAUCCUCGCCGGCAACCCAGGCCCCUUCACCCUGCAAGGCACCAACACCUACCUGCUGGGCACCGGGCCCUCACGCAUCCUGAUCGACACGGGCGAGAGCAAGCCCUCAUGGGCGGCAGCGCUCCGGUGCGUGCUCGCCGAGGAAGGGGAAGGCACCACCGUGAGCAUCGCGCUGCUGACGCACUGGCACCGCGAUCACACGGAUGGCGUACGGGAUUUGUUGAGUGUGUGUCCCGGGGCGAGGGUGUUAAAACAUCAGGGAGGUAAGGGGGACGUGCAGGUGGAGGAGUUGCAGGAUGGGCAGCGGUUCGAGGUCGCAGGGGCCAGCGUAACGGCGGUGCAUACCCCCGGCCACACGGCGGAUCACACGGUGUUUGUGUGGGAGGAGGAAGGGGCACUGUUUACUGGGGAUAACGUGCUCGGGCACGGGACGAGCGUGUUUGAGGACCUGGGGCUGUACGUGGGCAGUUUGGAGCGGAUGGGCAAGCUCUACGACAGAGACCGGGGCGGCAAGGCUUACCCGGGCCAUGGCGCCGUGGUACCGGACGGGCCGGGCAAGAUCGCCGAGUAUAUCCGGCACCGCGCGCAGCGCGAGGAGCAGGUCGUUCAGGCGCUCCGCUCGUUUGCGUCUCUCUUCGGGAGCAGUAGCCCGGCCUCUGCUGCUGGGAUUGAGACAGGGAGCGAGCCUGCGAAAGACGACCGGACAAGCGGAGAUGCCUGGACGGUGAUGGAGCUCGUCAGAACGAUCUACCGGGAUGUGCCCGAGAGUUUGCACCCUGCAGCCGCGCGUGGGGUCGUGCAAAUUCUGCAGAAGCUGCAGAGGGAAGGGAAGGUCGUGGAUGUGGAUGAUGGCGAGAGGUGGAAGCUCGCGAGCACGGUGGGUUCGGGCCGAUCUGCUUUGUGAGGUGUGUUGGCCGGCAAGACAGGCUUGACAAUUGAUGAGAUGGUUGGUGUGCCCUGUAAACGGCUCUCGGGAUAGGGAAGAAAGACUGUACUCCUAAAGACGUGUAAUAGGCCGGCGUACCACUCGAUUGGGAUUGUGAUACAUGAUGGUUGCUUGGCUUCAUUCAGCCCUACAAAACCAUGUAAAGUGACGUCAAUUUCGAAUUUACGAUCGAGAUUAACGUCCCCAAUUCGUGUGUCUCACGGCUGUGGCGUGCUCGGCG